AUGAGAUUUGUUGAUAGAGUGUUGUCGUUUCGUCAAGAUGUUCAUUCACCAUCUAUAAAGACAUUCUGGUUCUGUAUUGAUUUUCAAUUUAAAAAGUCUCGGGUUAACGAAUGGCUUUCUACUGUGCUACGACAUGAAGUUGAAGAAAUUGUUCUCUUGGAUCGUAAAGGUAUAACAUUUCCUCCAUGCCUUUUUACUUGCGAGUCGCUGACUAAAUUGGUAAUAACCAAGUCUUCCCUCGAACUUCCGGAAUUAGUUAAUUUUCCUAAGCUCAAGAUCCUAGUACUCUAUGUCACAUUGGAGAAUGAACACUUGAUUCAAAAGUUGCUUUUCAACUCCCCUGUUCUUGAAGAGUUGGUUUUGCAAAUAAGUGCACCAUAUUUACAGUCAUUCGAAUACUCUGGACUUCUUGCAAAUGAUUUUGUUCUGCAUAAUUUCUCCACAAUGCUUGAUGCGGAAAUUUUCAUUUCACGUCCAUCGCCAGCAGAUUCAAGGGAAAAGGGUGAACUUGGUAAUCUUUCAACAAAGCUUUUCAGUAGUCUUUCUCAUGUGAAACGUUUAAGAAUAUCUGAUUACUUCUUAAAGCUUCUUUCCUAUCAAGAUCAUUUCCCAGCGAAUUUGCCUUCCUGUUAUAAUUUGAAUCAUUUGGAAGUUACGAGUGCUAAGGGUAAUCUUCCCUGUCGGAUUGUUGGAUUACUGCUCGACUUUCUCCAUAUCUCACCUAACGUGGAAUCACUGGUUUUCUUGGAACCGAUUCCAGAAAGAUUUCGUAAGAUUGUUUCUGGAGCAUGCAAAAGCUUUACAGAGGGUAAGAAUUACAAUUUCAGGUUGUUGCAGUCAUCAAAUUACUCCAAAGUUCUUGUCAAGGAUAUUGUUCUGCAUCAUUUCUCAACACUACUUGAUGCAGACAGUCCUUUCACUUCCAGCAGGCAAAAGAAGUUGUGA